AUGAAGGCGACGGAUAGUAAACGAGCUUUUGUCAAAAAGCGCAGCAAGUGAGUUUUAAUAUUAUUUUAAGAAAAAAAUCUUGAAAACUUUAAUUAAUGAAUAAAAAAUUGUAGAGUUACUGCGUCGGAAGUGAGGAAACAUGUGAUAAGCGGAUUGUUGCCGAUUCAUCGGAUCACAGAAGCUGAUAAUGGAUUUGAUAUGAAUAUUUCGAUGUUGAAUAAAGUCUCAUUGAGUGAACCUGUUGCACCAAUUGAUGUUGAAACAUUGUUAGAACAAAGAAAAACGUGUUUAUUAUAUUCGAUUUCUUCACCAAAAUCUUCCAAACCAAUUUUUGAAUAUGUGUCGGAUGAUGUUGAAGUGAAAACAAUCAGGCAUGAUGGGUUAUCAGAUCAUAAUUAUACCACAGUUAAUAAGUGAGUGAUAUUUUCAAGCUUUGGAUUCUAGAAAAAAUGUAAAAGCUUUGAUUGAAUUUUGUGACAAAAUGAUAUUCAAAAAUUCAAAUUUCAAAAAAUAUCUCCUGAAGUUCAUCUCUAAAUAUCCUUCAUUGAAUUUUUUCAGUAUUGAAAACCAUGUUCGAGACAUUUGCUCAUUCUACUGCGAUGAUUUUUCGAUGGUCAAUAGAAAGUGAGUUCUAUUCGGUUUCAGAUCCUCUAUUCACCCAAUUCUUAUUUUCAGACAUCAACAACUUGGAACAGAAGAUCUUCGAGAUCGGUGGAAUCUAGAAAAACUGACAGCUUUGAGAACUUUACGACCUCAAAUAUUUCAUAGUGGACUUCGAAUUAUGGAUCGUGAACCAAGCACAAUUUCUUUAGAAGGGCAUAGUUUUGAUAUGGUUGAUCCUGCAAAAUGUCAAACUGAACAAUUCUAUGUUUCAAUGUUGAAAAAAUCAGCAAUCGACAAGAAUACUUUGCUUUAUUCAAUGCUUGGCAAAAAUCGUGUGAAACAUAUGAUGAAUUGUAUUACAAAUGAUGAUAAAGAUCUGAAAUUUGAAAAACGUAGUGUUCCACAUUUGCCAGAAGAAGAGGAAUCGCCGAAAUUGUUUGUAAAAGUUGAAAAAACUCUCGCCGAUCCAUUUUUUGAACCGCUUUUUGUUUCAAUGGCGGUUUAUGAUAUUCGACACAAGCAAAAAGUUACCGAAUCUGUAUAUUUUAAUAUUGUCGAUGCUGAUAAACUUGAUAUGCUUGGAAAAUUUCAACCAACAUCAAUCAAUAAGUGAGUUUCAAAAAUAGUUUUUAAAAACUAUUUCAAGGUAUUAUUUUUGUAGAAAUCUUCAAGCUCUGUUCAAUAUCACUGGUCCAAUUUCUGACAUGUUUUUGAUCAUAAAGGUAACGGUUUUCUAUGGGUUUUUGAAAAAAAAUUAAAAUUUGUAGAUAGAAAAAGUGCUCCAACAACUAGAUGUGUUUGAAGGAAGUGAUCCAUAUGUUGGAAGUAAAGAAGACAAAAAUAUGGAAAAAUUGAAAUCAGCUGCAGAAGAUUUUUGUCAACGACUAGGAAACUAUCGAACACCACUUGGUUAUCAAGUUGUAGAUAUUCAGAAAAUUUUCAAUAUCAGUGUUCAAAGUGCAUGUGCUUCUGAUAGAAGAACUGAUCCGAUGAUUUCAUCCUCAUGUACUAUGAAUUCAGGAAUCACAUUGAUAAGUGAGUAGUUUUUAUUAGGUUUCACCUUGUUCCUCUCAUAUUUUAGCCAAUGGUCAAGUUAUGGAUGAUCGUUGUAGUAUCACAAGUGCUGACAGAACAUCUUUGACCUCAGUCGGAUCUACUCUUCGCAGAUUUGGUAGUGGAACAUCUGCAGCUACAGUGUUCAGUCGAGUACGAACCCCACUAUCAAAACGAAAAUUCAAUUAUAGUAAGUUUAGUUUUCCCAAAAAACUUCCAAGGUUAACUUUUUCAGCGUCACCUACACCUGCAUCCAAUCGAAAUGAUUAUCCUGAUACUUUGGAUAAUAUGCCAUCGUGUAGUUUGAAAUUCACAACAUUUUUCCGACAAGAAAAUGAUAAAUUAUCAGAAGAAGACAUUUAUCGAGUUUGUAAUGAAGUUCGAAAAACAAAUGGAAAAGUCAAUCGGAAAAUGUUCAAUUUCGAUUUGGAGCUCACUGUAGCUGGAUCAAACAAAAGUAAAGAAUGUCGAAAUCAUGGCAGUACUUUGACUUUGAGCACUGAUUCAGUUAUCCAUGAAGCUGUUGAGAUUCCAAAAUAUAAAUCAUCAUUGAAUAAAUCAUACAAAAACUAUUUGUAUGUUUAUCCAAAACAUAUAAAUUUAUCAAAUCGAACUGGGAAUGCUCGAAAUAUUAUGAUCAAAGUUGAAUUAAUGGAUUCAACAGAGAAUCCACAAGAAACGAUUUUUGAGAAGGGUUCGACUAAUCGGGUAUUGCUCAAGUGUGCAAAAACAAGUGUUGUUUAUCAUAACAGGUAGGAUUUUUAUCGGAGACUUGAGAAUUUUUUAUCCGAGAUGUUUAUUUUAGAACGCCAUAUUUCACGGACGAGAUCAAAAUCCAACUUCCAUGCGAUUUGAAUGACGGACAUCAUUUGUUGUUCACAGUUUAUCACGUCUCUUGCAAAGAAACUGAUGUGAAUGCUACUGAAACUGCUAUCGGGUAUACUGUAAGUAUUUCUCAAAUUAAAAAAAUUGAAUCAAUAAUUUGUUUCAGUGGCUUCCAUUAUAUCGUGACGCCAAACUUCGAAGCGGAGACUUCAACCUUCCAGUUUGUGGUGAGAAACCUCCAGCUAGUUAUGGAUACUUGGAUGCAAACAACGCUCUACCGAACUUGAAAUGGAUUGAUAAUCACAAACCGAUUUUCACAUGCUCAUUACGAGUUAUUUCCAGUGUUCACGCUCAAGAUGAUCAUCUCGAAAAGUUUUUCACCGGAAUCGCUAGUUUGAGUUCAACAGAUCCGAAACAUCCGCCGAUUGGUGAAUCUGAAUUAAUUCACUCGAUUGAUGUAAGUUAAAAUUUUUGAUUCCGGAUAAUUAUAUAUCGAUUUAAUUCUAGAAUUUGCUCAAAGCUGCUCCUGACCGUCUGUUCGCAUUUAUUCAUUUUAUUUUGAGCCGGCUCAUUUUCUUGAUCUCAAAUCCGCCAUUCACUGAUGAAGUCUCAUUGAAAUCUUUUGAAUGUAUUGGUCACUUGGUGAAACUUUUCUCCCUGAUGUUAGAUUCCGAUUGUGAUACAUAUAAUAGAAGUAUGCUCUUAGCUUCAUUUGUCAAGUAUCGGAAAGUCUCUUCACAAGGUUUGUAUGGGCUCUUUUAAUAUUAAUCAUUUUAGUUUUCAGAAUCCAAACCACAUUCUAGUAUUCGACCGGUUGAAUUGAAAGCAUCACCAACUGAUUCGAGUUUGUUGAGUAGUAUGAUAGGUAAGAUCUAGUGCCUAUUUUUUAGCAUUUUAAAAUCUUAUCACAUUUUAGAACAUGUUGAGAGAAGUACCCAUUCGGUGUCAAUCGGAACUACAAAUGUUCGAUUCCAUGAAAAUAUUUGUGAAAUUUGGUUGAGAGCAAGAGGAAUAUCAAGAGAGAAUUCGAUUGUUCAUUCGUGGUUCUUCUUGGAAAUCAUUGUAUGUUUUCUCUAAUACAAUUAUGGUUUUUUUUGUCAAAAAUAAUAUUACAGCUGAAAUCUGCAUCGGAAUAUCUAACAAUGACUGGAAGAAUGUUUUCAUCGAGAAAAAUUCGAUUUGGUGAUCAGUUUUUGAAAAAUAUCGAGACUCUUUGUGAAAUAUUUGCUCAAGAAGUUAUCACAAGACAUACAAUUGAUUUUGAUGAAGCGAGAAUGAUUUCGAACUCUUUAGCGUUUUUCUUACGCGAUAGUUUAUCAAUUAUGGAUCGUAGUUUUGUGAUGAAACUUAUUCAUAAAUAUAUGCUCUCAUUUUCCGAGGCAAUGAAGUGAGUUUUCUUCAAGUUGAAAUAUCAGAUUUGAAAAUGAACUGUUAUUUUUCUAGAAAACUCCCACAAACCAAUGAUUUAUUAUCGAUAAAAAUUGAUUUUAUUCGAAUAAUCUGCUCCUACGAACAUUAUUUGAUAAUCAAUAUCCUAAACGAUGCUGAAUUACCAAAUGAGAAUUCAGGUGUAGCUGCACCUCCAAAAUCAUCUUUAACAAACUCUAAAAACUUCAAAAAAUCAAUAGCAACUGGAUGGGUGAUGACAGAUUCAGCGAGAUCUACACAUUAUUUAUCAAGUCAGGUUUUGUCGGAUUUGAAAGAUUCAAUAAAUAGUGGAAAUGCUAAUCUUUGUGCAAAAUCAAUAGAAACUAUCAAAGAAUUAUUUCAAUCUCAUGAACUUGACAAUCGAUUGUGUGAGGGAGAAUCGCUAUCUCAAGUUGCAAAUAUCUAUAAACCUUUGGUGAUAAUUGUUUUGGACAGUUUUGAAUGUUUAUAUUCUGGAUCUGUUAGAAAUUCUGCUGAUGCCUCGUGAGUUUUUUCCUUAUCGAUGAGCUCCCAAAACUGUUUAAAUUUCAGAUCGAACCUCUCAUUUUUGGAGCAAACAUCAAAACAAGAUGUUAUGUCUGCUAUCUCUGGCAGACUUCGAAAUUCACCAGAUCCUAGUUUUGCAAAACUUCACCUUGAUAUUAUUAUGACGAAAUCGGUUGGUUUUUUUUUUGAAAUAGUCUGAAAAUCAACUGUAUUGUUUCAGCUACUCUGCUCGAUGUUCUGGAUUUUGAAAAAUGUAUCUAGAAAUGAACUUCAAUGUUGGUUGGUGUCACUUGAUCAGGAUUCAAUGCUCAAACUUUUACAUGUACUUUAUUAUACAUUAUCAACCUUUGAGAUGAAGGAAGAAACUCCAAAUCCUAGAGUAAGAUUUAUCACAAAUUGAAAUCAAAUACAAAGCUAUUUUUCAGCUUUCCCUUGACAAAAAUUCGAUGAACAAAUUGGAUGAAGAGCCGGCAGCUGAAGUGAAAUGGAGAACAAGAAGCACUGAUACUUGUGAUUCUCGAAACGAGCAGAUAACAACACAAGAAGCCGUGUCUAGCAAUGCAAUAUUAUCAUGCGAAAUAUUUUUAUGUGUUGUUGAAAUAAUUGAUAAUAUUAUCGCAUCAUCAGCUGACACUAAAAAUUCACUCUUUCAUGUUUUACCGAUGGUUUUUCCAAUAAUUGUGAGUUUGUCUAAAAUUCAUAUUUUGAGACAAAAAAGACUUUCAAUUUUCAAAUUUAUUCCAGAUGCACGGAUUGUCAUGUAACGUGUCAGAUCAAGUUCUUGAAGUGUUAUUCGCUGCUCAGCAAAGCUUCUUUGCCAGAUUCCCAGCUAUGAUCCUCGAACAAAAACCAGAAUUAUGUGCCGAACUUUCACAACAAAUUUUACGUCAUUGUUCAUCUACUAAACUAGACAAUGUUCGAACUAUGGCAACUGUCAGUCUUUAUCAUUUCCUCCGCGAGAACUUCAAGAUCUAUAAAAAUUUGACAAAAGCAAGAACAUUUUUGUCAACAGCUUUAUCAACAUUGUUAUCUGGAAGUUGUGAUAUUGAUGCAUCAGUUAAUGAUGAAUUUAUGAUUAAAAGUUUGGAAAUUGCAAAUCAAUUGGCUGGUGAAGAUGAUGCUUUUGAUGAAAGUUCGAAGAGAAAAAUGAUUGAACAAGUAUGUUUUGAAAUUCCAUGAAAACAAUUCAUUUUGCUUUUUUUCAGAUGAAAGAACUCACUGCAAACUUACAAAAAAUCAUGUUGAGCACUGUUAGAAUGCGAGAACAUGUCAAUGAUUAUGAAAUGACUAUUGAUUUGAUGUAUCAAUUAGUUGAAGGGUAUUCAAAUAACCCGGAUUUGAGAAUUACUUGGCUUUUAAAUAUGGCAGAAAGACACGAGAAACAACGAAGCCUUUGUGAAUCAGCUCAUAGUUAUUUGCAAGCUUGUGCUUUGGUUUUUGAAUAUAUUGAUCAGCGAAAUCAAAAUAUGGUUUUUGAAUCAAAAGGUGCUUCUACUUUCCUCGAAAUUACACCAAACGCGAUCAAAGAAUCAAAAACAACAUUCAAUAAAAAGUGAGUAACCUUAUUUAUUUUUGAAAAUAUUCACACUCACAUCAGUUAGUAAAAAUUUGACAAAUUUCAGUCCCGAAGCCGAAUGCCAUAUUCAAUCCUAUCACUUUACUGAAGCUGGUUUGUUAAAAAUAUUGGAAAAGUCUUUCUCACUUCUUGAAAAAGCUCAACUCUACGAACUUUUAUUCCCAUUUUCAAAAAUCAUUUUGAAUUACUGCCAUGCUGUCAAAAGUUUUUCGCGAGUUGCACAUAUUCAUAAACGACUGAGUGUUGCGGCUGAUCAAAUCAAGGAAACUGAUGAAUUCUAUGAAUAUCAAUCAGAUUCUUGGGUUUCACCUUUACCUGGGUAAGAAAAAUAUUAAAUCUUGAAGGAGAGAAUUAAUUCUCAUUAAUUUUUCUUUUGCAGAAUCGAUAAACGAUGUUUUGGUACAUUCUUCAGAGUUGCAUUUUAUGGAAAACUGUUCAGAGAACUCGAUAAUCAAGAAUUUGUCUAUAAGGAAUCUGCAUUUUCAAAAUUAAAUGAGAUCAGUAAUCGACUCGAAACCUUUUAUACAAAUAUGUUUGGCGAUGGAAAUGUGAUAGUUCUCAAAGAUUCAAAACAGGUUGAAGUGGCAAAAUUGAAUCCAAACAAAGCCUAUAUCCAAAUCACAUUUGUGGAUGUGUUUUUAUCCGAUGACGAAAAAAUGGAGAGAAAAACAUAUUUUGAAAGAAGAAAUAAUGUGAAUCGAUUCUAUUUUGAGACUCCUUACACUAUGGAAGGACGUGCACAAGGCGAUUUGUCAUCUCAAUAUAAAAAACGAACUAUUCUGACGGUUGAAAACUCCUUUCCAUAUAUCAAAACAAGACUCAAAGUUAUCAAUCGGUCAAUCACAAAUUAUUCACCAAUUGAGGUUGCGAUUGAAGAUAUUGAGAAGAAAACUAGAGAAUUAGCAGCUGCAGCAAAACAUAAAAAUCCGAAAAUGUUGUCGAUGUUGGUUCAAGGCUCAAUUGGAACCACAGUUAAUCAAGGUCCUUUGGAGGUGAGUUUUUUUAAGUCCAGGUUGUUUUUGUUAUUGAUGAUAUCUAAUUCAGAUUGCAAAUGUUUUCCUGGCAAAUUCUGUGACUGAUGAACGUGGAAGACCAAUGGAUCGACUUCAGAAUAAACUUCGACUUUCUUUCCGACAUUUACAAUAUCGAGCGAUGGAAGCGAUUCAACUUUCAAGAGAAUUGAUUGGAGAAGAUCAAAAAGAAUAUCAAGAAAAUGUUGAAGCCAAUUUCCACAGUUUUGUAACACAUCUAAAACCAAUGCUUUCCCGAGAGAAAAACGAAAUCACAUUUUCCGAGUUCGGAAAACCGACUGUUGUAUGA